AAAACAGUUCUGUGAUCUAUGUAGUUUUACGAACCGGGUCUGUAAAAAUUCUAGCAUUGGUUGUUGUUUACGUUAAUCGUGAGUGUAAAUAGUUAGUAAUAAUGGAUAACCGAAAAUUGAUAGAGUUGCUCCGUGCUACGAUAGAGCCGAGUCAAAGGCAACAAGCUGAGGAUCAGCUCGCACAGAUUCACAAAAUAAUAGGAUUUGCUCCUACCUUGCUGCAAGUUGUAAUGAUGAACGAUGUCGACAUGCCUGUUAGGCAAGCUGGUGUGAUCUAUUUGAAAAAUAUGGUAACAAAUAAUUGGGCUGAUCGAGAAACUGAAGCUGGGCAGCCAAUGCCAUUUAGUAUACACGAGCAAGAUAGGGCUAUGAUUCGUGAUGCUAUCGUCGAUGCUGUUGUUCAUGCAACAGAAUUAAUUAGAACUCAAUUAUCGGUUUGUGUAAAUAUUAUGGUUAAACAUGAUUUUCCCGGAAGGUGGACUCAAAUUGUAGAUAAAAUUAGUAUCUAUCUUCAAAAUCCAGAUCCCACUGGUUGGGCUGGUGCUCUUUUAUGCUUAUAUCAACUUGUAAAAAUUUUUGAAUACAAGAAAAUUGAAGAACGACAACCUCUGACCGAAGCUAUGAAUUUGUUACUACCCAUGCUCUACAAUAUAAUAGUUCGUUUACUACCAGAUCAAUCAGAACAGUCGGUGCUUUUACAAAAGCAGAUUCUUAAAAUAUAUUUUGCUUUAACUCAAUACUCAUUACCUUUAAAUUUAAUUACACAAGAAAUGUUCUCACAAUGGAUGGAAGUUACUCGUGCAAUAGCUGAUAGUCCGGUACCAGAAUCAACUCUGCAAACUGAUGAAGACGAACGCAUGGAAUUACCCUGGUGGAAAUGCAAAAAAUGGGCAAUGCAUAUUCUGCACAGAAUGUUUGAGAGAUAUGGAAGCCCAGGUAAUGUUACCAAGGAAUAUACUGAAUUUGCUGAGUGGUAUCUGAAAACAUUUUCUGCCGGUAUAUUAGAAGUGCAAUUAAAAAUCUUAGACCAGUACAGAAAUAAAAUGUACAUUUCACCCAGAGUGCUGCAACAAUGUCUGAACUAUGUUGAUCUUGCAGUGUCACAUGCAUUUUCUUGGAAAUUCCUGAAGCCACAUAUGUUUGCAAUUGUUCAAGAUGUUUUAUUCCCAAUUUUGUCUCAUUCUGAAGCUGAUGAAGAGUUGUUUGUUUCUGAUCCUCAUGAAUACAUUCGUGUAAAAUUUGAUAUUUUUGAGGAUUACAUAUCACCAGUAACGGCUGCUCAAACAUUGUUAGGAUCUUGCUGUCGGAAACGUAAGGACAUGCUCCAAAAAACAAUGCAAUUAGUAAUGCAGGUUCUUACAUCACCUCAAGCUGAUGACAGGCAAAAGGAUGGUGCUCUACAUAUGGUUGGUGCUUUAGCAGAGAUUUUAUUAAAAAAGAAAUUUUACAAAGAUCAAAUGGAUUCACUUCUUAUGAAUUAUGUUUUCCCAGAAUUUUCUCACGCAAAAGGUCAUAUGAGAGCCCGUGCAUGUUGGGUGUUGCAUUACUUUAGCGAAAUCAAGUUCAAGCAAGAAGAUGUUUUAGCCACUGCUGUUAAUCUAACAACAAAUGCAUUGUUAACUGACAAAGAACUGCCUGUUAAAGUAGAAGCUGCUAUAGCAUUACAAAUGAUUUUGGCUGCGCAAUCAAGGGCUGAAAAAUAUGUUGAGCCCAGAAUUAAAGAAAUUACAAUGGAGUUACUGAGGAUUAUACGAGAAACUGAGAACGAUGACUUGACGAGUGUUAUGCAAAAAGUUGUGUGUACUUACACUACACAAUUGUUGCCGAUAGCUGUAGAAAUCUGUCAACAUUUAGCACAAACCUUUAGCCAGGUUAUUGAAUCGGAAGAAAAUUCUGAUGAGAAAGCAAUAACUGCCAUGGGGCUUUUGAACACAAUUGAAACCUUACUUUCCGUUAUGGAGGAUAAUGAAGAAAUCAUUGCCAACUUACAGCCUACAGUUUUGCAAGUGGUCGGACACAUAUUCCAACAAAGUGUUAUGGAUCUGUACGAAGAGGCUUUGUCUUUAGUUUAUGAUUUAACGCAAAAGAAAAUCAGUCCUGAUAUGUGGCAAGUUCUGGAAUUAAUAUACCAGGUAUUCCAAAACGAUGGAUUUGAUUUCUUCACCGAUAUGAUGCCUGUAUUGCAUAAUUAUGUCACUGUAGACUCAGAUGCUUUUAUUUCAAAUGAGAACCAUGUUUUAGCUUUGUUUAAUAUGUGCAAAGCAGUUUUAACUGGAGAUGCUGGAGAAGAUCCUGAAGCUCAUGCUGCCAAACUUCUUGAAGUUAUAAUUCUCCAAUGCAAAGGAAGAAUUGACCAAUGUAUACCACCCAUUAUAGAAUUGGUUUUAAAUAGAUUAACAAGAGAAAUUCAAACAUCAGAGUUAAGAGCAAUGUGUCUGCAAGUUGUGAUAGCAGCUCUCUAUUAUAAUCCUCCAUUGCUGUUUAGCAUAAUGGAUAAAUUACCUAUGCCAGUUGCCUCCGCAGAACCUAUUGCAUCACAUUUUAUCAAACAAUGGUUUCAAGACGCUGAUUGCUUCUUAGGCUUACACGAUCGUAAACUCUGCGUACUGGGAAUAUGCACUUUGAUAAGUCUAGGGGACUUAAGACCUCCAGCAUUAGCACAAUAUGCAAACCAAGUAGUUCCCACAUUGAUCCUGCUCUUUGAUGGCCUUAAACGAGCUUACGCAGCUAAAGCUGCAGAAGAUGCAGAAGAGGAAGAGACUGAAGAGCAAGAAGAAAGCUGUGAAGAGGAAGUACUUUCUAGUGAUGAAGAUGAAAUUGAUGAGCAAGGCCAAAUGUAUUUAGAGAAGCUGCAAGACACCACAAUGAAGAAGGCAAAUGCUGCUGGUGUACCGAUUUCAACAGCGUUCCAGGAUUGUGAUAGUGAAUCUGAUUAUGAUUUAGAUAACGAAGAAACUACUUUAGAAACUUAUACGACUCCAAUUGAUGAUGAAGAUAACCCAGUAGACGAAUAUGUAAUCUUCAAGGAGAUUAUUACGAAUUUACAAGGACAAGAUCCUCAAUUCUAUGCCAUGUUGACGAGUCAUUUAACGCCUCAACAGCAAGAAUCUGUUAAAGAUAUAUUUACAUUGGCUGAUCAAAGAAAAGCAGCUGCUAACUCCAAAAAAAUAGAACAAAGUGGAGGUUAUAGUUUUCCAUCACAAACUGUGCCUACAACUUUCAACUUCGGUUCAACUGGUUGAAAUAAAAUUUUGUUAGAUGAUGAUAUAUUUGUUUUUAGAAUGCAUUUGUUAUUAACGUUAAUUAUUUCUAAAUUGCAGUUACUGAUAAGCCAAAGGCAAUUCAUGAUUUUGUAUACACUAUCAAAAUGUUGUAACUAUUUUCAUAC